AUGUUUGUUACCGGUGUGGUGAAUAGUAUUUUGACAUUCCGUGUUCGUGAAUCAAGAGAAGCUGGAUGUGGAAUGUAUCUCCUGGCAUUAUCUAUUACAUCUCUUCUGACAAUAGCCAUGUUUACAGCCAAGUUCUGGUUUCUUAUUCUAACUCAAAUAAAUCCAACAGUUAGUCGAUCUGUUCUUCAUGGCGGUUGUCGAUUAUUGGAAUUCAUUUUGAAAGUGUUCUUAUAUACGGAUAAUUGGUUUAAUGCCUGUGUAGCGCUUGAAAGAUGGGUUACUGUAUAUAAAGGCGUUUAUUUCAAAAAGCAAUCGAGCAAACGUACUGCACGAAUCCUGAUAAUCUUUUUGCCAUUGAUUAUUACGAUAUCUAUGAUUCACGAACCAUUGUAUCGCAUAUUAUACGAUGAUAAACAUGAACAAACGCGUAUGGUGUAUACUUCAUUAUCCUCCUGCACUUCACAGAUAUAA